AUGUUAUUAACGUUUUUAUUAGCACUAAUAUGUGCUUCUCAAGCACAAUACCAAGCAGAUUGGGACAGUUUGGAUUCAAGACCUCUUCCAUCUUGGUACGAUGAAGCCAAAAUUGGUAUUUUUAUUCACUGGGGCGUUUUCUCAGUGCCAAGCUUCGGAAAUGAAUGGUUUUGGUCAGAAUGGAACGGGGGAGAUUAUGAUAUAACAAAUUACUUAAAAAAUUAUUAUCCUCCAAACUGGAAGUACCCAAAUUUUGCAAAGGACUUUACAGCUGAAUUUUACGAUCCCAACGAAUGGGCAGAGAUUUUUGCUAAUUCUGGAGCAAAAUACAUCGUUUUAACUAGUAAGCAUCAUGAGGGGUAUUGUUUAUGGCCAUCAAAAUAUUCCUACAGUUGGAAUGCUUUAGAUGUUGGACCAGGAAGGGAUGUUGUUGGUGAACUUGCAACAGCUGUAAGGGCUAAGGAUUUAAAAUUCGGUUUGUACCAUUCCUACUAUGAAUGGUUUAAUGAACUGUAUCUAGCUGACAAAGCCAAUGGUUUUCAAACAACAGACUUUGUAGACCGCAAGACGGAUCCAGAAUUAAGAGAAAUUGUAAACACUUACAAACCAUCCAUUGUGUGGUCUGAUGGUGAUUGGGACGCUCCAGACACUUACUGGAAAUCCAAGGAAUUCUUGGCAUGGCUGUACAACGAAAGUCCAGUUAAAGAUGAAGUCGUAGUAAACGAUAGAUGGGGAGCUGGAACUUCUUGUACCCACGGAGGAGUUUACGCAUGUUGGGAUAGAUUUAACCCAGGUACUCUUCAAUCACACAAGUGGGAAAAUGCAAUGACAAUCGAUUACAGAUCUUGGGGAUUUAGAAGAAAUGCUAAACUGUCUGAGUACAUGACCAUAGAAGCACUUUUGUACGAGUUGGUUUCUACUGUCAGUUGUGGAGGUAAUCUUCUGAUGAAUAUCGGUCCUACAAAAGACGGUGUAAUUGCACCUAUUUUCCAACAGCGUCUGCAAGAAUUGGGUACUUGGUUGUCAAUCAACGGAGAUUCUAUUAUAGUACAAGGCCAUGGACAUCACAAAACGAUACCUUGACAAAUGGGGUUUGGUUAUACCAGGAAAAAUUCUGAUGUAUAUGCCAUAAAUCUGCAAUGGCCUAAAGAUAAUACAUUGAAUUUGGAAUCGGCUGUUGAACUUUUUAGAAAUACAAAUACUGAGGUAUAUUUACUUGGCGAUGAAAAUGGUCAAGCAUUAAAGUGGUCUUUAAAUGAUUCCUCAGUGACAAUUAACUUCCCGGAUAAGGCAAAAGUACUCAGUCAAUGGGCGUACGUGUUAAAAAUUGUUCCUGGAGCUAGUGUAGAAAAUAAGGACAAUAUAAUUUAG